GUUUGGUGGCAACGCAAGUUUGUAUGCGCCUUCACCAACUUUCUUCAGAAUCUCAAAGGUGACUCAACCUUCCCUUCAGGCUAAAUUUGUGCGCUGCCUUGGUAGGUGAAACAUUGAUGAAGACUCUCUUCCAAACUUGAAAUUCUUCUUCUAGCGCUAGCAUAUUUCUUCAGUCUAUCCUAAGUUGUCCUUAAUCUUUUCUAAAUUAAUUUAAUCUUCUCAGUUGUCUUUUGUGCUAUUUUUGGUCCAAACAACUUUCUUUCUCCUACCUCAGACCAACAUACAGGUGUUCUACAUUUCGUUUUGUACGGGCAUCAAUUAAAGCCAUUCUUAUGAU